UGAGCUGCCCGUCGCUGUAUUCGUCAAGUCCACCUUCAACAUAACCUCAUUUAAUGUGCUUGGAUUGUUCCCUGUGUCACGCGUGAAGAAGAAAUGACAUCACGUGGCACAGCAAGCGUUCUUUCUUGUCGAACUGGGAGUAACACGGAAGCACUGGAACGAGAGCUGCCGACACAGCUCCUGAUACGACGUCGAGAAGCAGCGCCGCGCGCAAUCGGCCGCCGCUUCCGUCAGUUCAGAUGCUGAUAAGAUGGGCAGGACUACGGCGUCCUAUCGGUUUCUUAUUUUGUAAAGUGAUGAUCGGACCCUCGCAAGCAAGCGGCAUCACUCGCACUGCGGCAGCCGUAUCCUUGGCUGCGCUGCUGCUAUGCUUGUUCGAUGUCGUUUCCGCAUCACCGGGGGAUCAGAGUGCCGAGUACAAGUCGUGUCUACGACGAUGCCGCAGCAUCAACUGCACGCAGGAGAAGCAAACCACCUUUCGCUCGGGUCAAGCGUGGUAUCUGGCUCUUCUGCUCUGGGACUGCGCCGAUGAGUGCCGUCACGAGUGCAUGUGGCAUGCUGUGGACGUGCUCCAGGCUAAGGACAAGCCCGUGCCCCAGUUUCACGGAAAAUGGCCAUUUCGGAGGUUCUACGGCAUCCAGGAGCCAGCAUCAGUAAUCUUUUCAAUCCUGAAUGGCAUCUGCCACUUAUGGAUGUGGCGCAAGUUCAGGAGGCUUGUGCCAUCUUCAGCUCCCUUUUAUGUCAUCUGGAAAGGGCAGGCAGUGUUAUCGAUUAAUGCCUGGUUCUGGUCUGCUGUCUUUCAUGCUAGGGACACUCCACUUACUGAGAAGCUUGAUUACUACUGUGCCUUUUCCGUGGUGCUCUACUCGCUCUACAGUUUAUGUAUGAGAGUGCUUGGAACAAAAAACACGGGGCUGUCCAUCUCAGUGACCGUGCCUUUUGCGGCCUUCUUUGUCUACCAUAUCCAGUACUUAAACUUUGUGCAUUUUGACUAUGGGUACAACAUGAAAGCCAAUGUGAUUACAGGUCUGCUCAACUCAAUUGGUUGGCUGGGCUGGUGCUGGCACCAUAGGAAGCGUGGCUACGUGUGGAGGGGCACCAUUGUUGUGUUCAUGCUGGACGCUCUGCUCUUGCUGGAGCUGGGCGACUUUCCUCCAUGGUGUUUCCUGGUCGAUGCCCAUGCCCUUUGGCACCUGGGUACUGCCCCACUGCCUCUCCUGUGGUACAGGUUUUUAAUUGAUGACAGUCUCUAUGAACUGCACAAGAUGCAAAAUGCUGGAAAAGCUGCAAAUGGGCAGCGUCGCUGGUUCUUCCUGGGCAAUGAGAGCAUGAAGAAGACACCAAAUGAUGUUAAAGUUUGCAGUGAAAAGUUUGCUGCAGGUCAUUGCACAUCUUGCCAAAGCCAUGAAGAGUUUCUCAUCAAGGCCAAGGUUACGCAGAAUGGCAACAGCAUUGGAGAAGAUUGCCAGAAGUGUGUUUGACCAGCUCGGCUAAUGGCAUGGCACCCAUUCAGCAGCACUGCCUUGUUCAUGUCCUUUUUCUUUGCUGCUAUGGUGCGAAUGCAAAAGGUGGUACCAAAAAAGAAGCAAGUUAAUUGUUGCAUGUUGUACUAGGGCUGUCACCGAAACUUUGUAGUAAUGUACCAGUUUAUUUUUUUGUCUACGUCAGAAGAGAGAGCAAGGAGAAGUUAGUAUUGGCCAUCUAGGUUAUAGCCAAAUGCUGUUCUUCUUCUAAUGUGUGGAUGUGUACCAGACAAAUUAUGUUAAUUACCCCUUGGUACUGCAGUGGUCAAGGAUCAUGAAAGCAGCCUUAUGUUAACUGGGUGUGGGCUUUGCUUACUUGAAAUAGUUUUGCUUUGUGCCUCAUGAAGAAUACACAAUGCUUCAUGCUUGUUGAAUCCUGUAAGCUCUUGAUCUAUAAAUGGAGCACUGGUUCUGCGUACUGCUUCAAAACUUAUUAUGCUGAUAAAUUAAUUAGAGAAGGCACGCUUAAUUUGUUCUAGCAACAUAGUAGCUAUACUGCAUUAAAAUAUACACUUGCACCUUCGCAGUAUAUAUACAGCACUUAUAAAUUGAAACGCAAACUGCAAUGAAGGCUUUUUACACAUAAUUACAUGAAAGUGUGAUGUGUAGUAGCUGUGCAGUCGGUUUCUAAGGGUCGAAUAGUCUCAAGUAUACGUCUUGGAGUCUGUACUAAGCCACUGUUAAAAUACAGGUGAAACUAGAAACAAAAUAUUGCAUUAGAGUAGUUUCACAAUUUUUUUCAUUUGAAGUUAUGAGCACUGUAAGUGCCCCGAGAUAUCACAGCAUACUUUAUGGCAUCACUUGUGGCACCUAACUUUCAAAUAGCACGCAAGUAGUAAGGCUCCAGAUAAUUUUUCUAAGGAUUAAUUACAGAAAGCAGUUCUGGACACCUUAAAGGACCUUUUUUCAGCAAUGGUGGCAUUGAUUAUUUAAAACUAUUGCUUUUUAAAGGUUAUAAAAAGAAGGAUUCCUAGCUAUCUUGCACUUCAAGUAAUUAGCCCAUGAUUUUUACUUCUCACUUUUACAUUGCUGGAUUGAAUACAGUUGUUUUUCAGUUUUAAGUUGUGAAUUGCUGCUGCUGUCUAAGCAAAAAACUAUGUAACUUUUAUUGCUUUCCCUCAUUGCCACAUCCUGGGGCAAUGCAUUGACCACUUAGCAGCGUGUCAUUGCAGAAAAGCAGAACCUUUCUUUUUCUUGCACUGUUAACAGAGUGGUAUCAAUAGACAGGCAAUACCUGCUUUGCUGAACAUUGUAGAUUUCACUUGUGAAACCAAGACAAUCGAUUAAAUUUCUCACCUGAAGAAUGAAGCUUACUGAAAACAAGUUGCAAAUGCUCCCGCAAAAGCAUAGUAAUACACUGUACUGUUAAACAGUAACCAAGAACCAAUAUGUAGUAGUGCCAACACUUUUUUAUACCCAUUUAUGCAAGAAGCACCCUGAGCUUAGCUGUUAUACUGAGUAAUUUAUUUGAGUAUAUGUAAUUAAGAAGUGACCACAGUUUAAAAAAAAACAUAUUGUGCAUUCAGUCAUAGAAGUUUGUAAUAUAGUAGUAAUAUAGAGUGCUUUUUAAUAUUUAAGCAAUAGCAGAUUCAGUCUGCAUACUUCAGAUGCUCCAGUAAUUAACUGCAUCCAUAUGUUCCGCAAUAACCAAACUGGUUUAUGUCUUCACGCAGGUUAGCCAGACAUAUUACUGCCUAACAGCCACACGCAAUUUGCAACCUGUGAAUUGUCCGAGUCGUGCAACGGAAGUUUGUUUUGCUUUGAUGUGCUGUACAUCCCAAAGCUUGUGUCAUAUUGAGAGACUAGUAAAUCUUAACUUUUAACCAACUACCUCAAAAUUUUACUUACUUUCUUGUGGAACCUGCCUCAAGAUAUGCACAUUAAAUAUUGGCUUGUAAUUAAAUGUUGGUGCAACUGACAAUGGAUGUCUGAAUCGGGAAAUGACAGUGCCACAGUUGUUGGCUGCAAACCAUUAUAUUUUACAGUAAGGUUUUAUGCCUGAAAGCAAAUAUCCUAUGCUUCAGUCAUGGCUUAACAUGCUUCAAAACCAUUCAGCAUAGCAUUUCCAUGUUAUCAUGCAGAUGAUUUGCUACCUGAAAAUUUGAAGUCAAUGUUGAAGAAUGUGGCACUUCUAAUGAACACUUUCCAAUGCAUCAUCUUUCUUAGCAGCUACCAAUGUGAAGUAUCUGUGCACAAGUGUGCUCAACUCAGUGGACUGUGGGCUUGUCAUUUUACAAUUUUUAAGCUUUGUAAUCAUAGCUUAGGUCAUUCUUGUUGCUUCCAUUCACUUCGCUUGCCUUCCAGAAACAUUGAGAACCAUGAAGAGAUGUUAAAAAAAAGGCUUUGAUGCAGUAAUUUAUUGAACAAGAUAUAAUUUAGAUGUAGCCUGUCUUGUACUAGUCAAAUGCAAUAAUAACAGGAAUAACUUAUUGUACUGGCCUUAACUACAAUUAUCUCUAUGGUUGCCACUUAUCUGUGGCAGGACUAGGCAAGAUACUCAGAAACUGUUUCCUUGAUACCAGCACUCAACUACCCUAAAGACUAUUUUGGUACCAAUGCAGGGUACAGAUGCAAAAUUCUGUUCUGAUACUAUUGCCAGUAAUUCAGUUAUCUUAUGCACUUCGAUACAUUGACGCAAUCACUGAGCAGGGAUAAUUAAAAGCAGGGUUUUUUUUUAGUUCCUUUUGAUGAAGUUAUAACUGGGUUUAGUUAUUUCUGCUGUACUUUCAGCUAUUGUGUCUAGCAACACUAAAAACGCAAACAUUACAUUGGUUCACUAAACCUUAAGCUCACUUUCAUUGCAGAAUAUUUUCUGCUUCCAACUGCGCUCGUGUACAACAGGUGUUAGAGGUUUCAGCUGAGCAUUCAACCCUGCUACAGACCUGGAGUUGCUUACUGCACCACAAGGUGUUAAAAGAUGAGACUACAACAAGUAUAUGGCAUAUUCAAGUUUAUCAGUGCCAAGCAGUGUUUUUUUUUUUUUCAUUACUGUUGCAAUUUUUCUAGGACUGACAUCAAAAGAGAAUUUUUUUUUUUUUACUUCUAAAUGUGGGUUCAUUGUCACAUUAGACUGCACAAUAGCCAAGUCGAAGGCACUUGACGUGCCAUUUGUGUACUUGUCAACAAAGCAUCAUAUUCACAACUGCGCUUUUGACACCGAGUUUUUACCCUGAUCUCAUUUGGUUAGGCACUAUGUAAAAGAUGCAAAGCAUCUUCCGAGCAUAUCAGCAGACCUGCGGCAGUGGUGGCAGCCAUUUUGUAUUUUUUUCUGUCUCGCUUGGCACACUUGCGUGCUCCAUUCAGCGAGCUCUCUAGUGAAACGGAAGCACCCGACCGUUCGCAGCUGAGCGUUCAGUGCAUGCACACUUGAGCCUCUGCUCGCUGGCUGAAAAGUGGGGCACAGGAAAUGUUCUGCUGAAAAUGUCUAUUAGAAAUCAAAUGUUUUUUAAGAACAAAAGCACUGAAACAUUUCUACACUGAGCCAGCGCUUCAAACUAGCACCUUGAAAGGAAAGAAGAGUUUAGACACUUGACAAAAGUGCAUUAGCGGAACGAUAUUACUUCUAUUAUUAACACUUGUGUUCUUGUGCCGGUCCUUGAGGUGCAUCAUUGUCACCUUUGCUAAGUAGUGGACCUUAAUUUUUAAGAUAAAAAAUUUUGCUGAGGCCAACCUGUUCACCGCAGCUUUAUCUGGUAGAAUGUCAACAUUGAAACUAUAAACAAACGAAGUAAAAUGAUGACACAUUGUAAAUUCAUCUGUGUUAGGUACUGUACCACUUCUUCCACAUAUUUCAUGCAGUGUGGAUUCAUGAAGUAAAUCAACAUUUGAAAAACAUGAAAUUUUCUUAAGGUGACAGUCAAAGAGUCCAGUGCAACAUCAUUGUGAGAUGUACAAUGCAGGGAACAGCUUAUGUUGCAGUUUAGGAACAUGUUAAGCGUCAGAGGUAUCACUUGUUACCAGAGUGAGAGAGAGAAAAAGUGCUAUGCUGAUAUGCAGGCUUACUGCAUGGAUGAUUUGGCAAUAGAAAACAUGAUGCGAGUGAAGCAGGACGUGGUGAUACAAAGACAAGACAAGUAAAGAGGCAUCAUGACACAGACAUGUUCGCAAGAUGAGCGCAAUGUCCUGUCUCUAUACCGUGCAUUAUUCACAUGGCAGUCCCUGUUACUGAAAAUGAAGUGAGUAGCUCAAAAGGCAUUUUUAUUUAUGUGCUGCUGCUGAUGACAAUAUAUGUGGGGUUCUUUUGGCACAAGGGCCAGGAAUGGACAAAGAACGGCAUUUUAUACGCUGAACACGAAAUUGCUCAGACUGUUUACAAUUGUUUGUUGUUGAGCAAAAAUAUGGGUGCUCUCGAUUGUUCUCGUGGUAACCCAUAUUUUCCAAGACAGGAUAUUUGUGAAUACGUGAGAACUGGUUUGAAAAAGUGCAUUUGAAAUAUUGCAGGUGCACAUUAGUGGAAAUAUCAAGUAUUUUUGGCUUAGUAGUUGGUACUCAAAAACUUAUUCUCAAUACUUUAGAUAGUUUGAUCCACAUUGACACUUACAACCAAUAUAUUUUACAAUAUAUCUUACUCAGGUAAGAUAUGCUUCUGGACAUCUGUAGUACCGUUCAGCCUUGACAUGGGGUGACAACGUAUUGUUUUAAUCUUGCAGAUUGUAUAGUAGGCAGCCAAAAAGUUUGGUCUAUGGUACACAAAUAAAAGUUAGCAGAUUGUUUAGAAUUUAGACUGGUCACAUAUUGUAACUUAAUGAAUGAUAAUUCAACAAGGCUUUACAAGAAGUCAGCAAGGAUUUAGAUUAUAUUUAUCACACAUCCACAGGAUUCUUUAGAGCUGCAUUUAAUCUUUUUGUCCAAUUGCUAUUGGCUCAAUGUAUGUCAUUCACCCACUGAAGCCUUUGUUGGAGUGGUUAUCUAACUCCCAUGCAGUUAUAGCCUGGCUAUCUAUCACUUCAAACUCUCCUUCUAUACUGUUUUAGUUUUACUAUUCCAAGUGGCCAGAAUAUCUUGUUGUUGUUCUUGAUCUUUGAAGAGUGUCAUUCUGAACACCAUAAAACAGCAGAGAGGCAAAUAAGCUUUUACAUUAAACCUUUAUGGGUGUAUACUUUAUUUGAUAGAUGUAAGAAGAGAGUAUACCUACAUCACAUUGCUCUAGACAAGCUGCGCUGAGCUAAUCAAAAUUAUCCAAGUUAAUAAAUGUUACCAAUGAAACAAAAUUGUGAAGAGCCCAAGGGGAACAAUAUUGACUGGUAGGGGGCGAGUGAAUGGUUUAUUUUCUAAGUGAAAUGAUAAUGAAUAUUAAAGAACACAGGCCUUCAUAUAUCAGGUUAUACCAAAUAUUUUUGCACAUCUAAAACAAACUAGGAGCAGGGUAGUGAAUAAAAAAGAACAAGGGAAGUGCAGAUUUUUUUUUCUUAGUAUACGUAACGCAAUUUGCAAGUGCAAGUCUCUCAACCAAGCUCGCAAAUAAGCAAGAGUAAAAUGUUGCUAGACUUUGCCUGAUCAUUAUGCUGACAGUGAUUGAACAAAGGAACAUCAAGCUCAUUACCUGGUAUUGUUACUUUGCAACUUCAAGCUUUUUUUCAUUUGGUAAAGAAGCUUGACAUUUUUACAGUGCCAUGCAUCACAUUAGUAAUGCAGACAUGCCGAGUUGCACAUAGAGAACAAAUUUCAUAUAAAUGACAAAUGACAAUUGAUGGAAAAUCGUGCCAGUUGGUAUAGCUUCAUGGUUGCAACAGCGUGACUAGACAUGGAUUGAGUAAAAGGACGGGACAAAAGAAGCGCCAUGUGUCCUGCUUUUACUCAGUCCAUGUCUGGUCACACUGUUACAACCAUGACAGAUGACAGGUUCGAAAGCAGCUGGAGGACAAAGCACUUUACUUUUUCAUGUACAUUGCAAAAGAAUAAACAAUUAUUUGGAGGCUAACCCAGCUAUACCUUUUGAGCUUUGCUGUAGGAGAUAAUAAUCAUUUGUUAAAAAUGGAGGUGGAGGUGUUUUUGGCUAAAUUGACUAAGCAUAGAUUAAUGCCUCCAGUAAAUAGUCUUGAAAUGCAUUGCCCUUUGUCCAAGUGUGGCAGGUUCAAAGAAUCGUAGUCAGCCCUGUGUAAUCGGCUGUGACCAGUUAUUCAAAGAAGCUGAAUGUUGAAUUCUACAACUGAAAUAUGCGAUUUGUAUUUGAAAUUUUGUGUAACAUUUUUGCAUCCCUGCCAGUGGGUUUUAUUCUUUUUUGUUUGUACUUGCUUGUGAGAAAGCAAAUGCAAUUCUAUGCAUAUUUUAAAAUCUUUAUUUGGUAGGGUAAGCUUGUGGGGAUGAAAAGCAAGUGCCCAGGUGUCACCGAAGAAGAGAACAGUGUUCCGAGAUGAAGAUUAAUGAACGCAGCAAUUCAUAACAUCAAUAUGCGUAGUGUCUCUUUAAAUGUGGGUAAUUAUUGUUUCUCUUAUAAUGUGGCUGCAGUCCCCAGAAAGAUAACUCUUCAGCUCUUCUAGGUCAAUACAACAAUGUACGAAUUAUGUAUCAUAUGAUGUGCAAACUGAACAAAUGUUUUCAACCUACCGACAUAAUAUUUGCUCUUCUCCAAGUGUGUAAUGGUUGUGCUAGAUCACAAGAGUCCGCCAUCAUAAGAAAAGCUGGUCAGGACAAGUUUAGAGGCCAGGGAGCUUGUUUGCAAGUUAGUCUUUCAGAUUAAAAAAAAACAUGUGGUUGCUUGGAGAUACGACUUUGCAAAUUGAAAGUGGUUUGCUAUCCUUGGUGUGGUUGCACCUUGGCUUUACAGUAAGUUCCAGAUUUGUUAAGUGAAGAUAGAGCUGACAGUGGAACAAAAAAUGUAAUUAGCAAUCUUUCAAUUGUUCUUUGCUGCACAUGCUUAUUCUUGAUGCUAGCAAAGAAAAAGGCAAAUGUGACAAUUCCGGAGAUACAGACGUGCCACUAUAAUGAAGGUUUUCAGGCUGUUCGCCCUUCGCCCUUCUAUUCCAUCAAAUUGUGGUUGGCCUUGAUUUUGAGCCAACAAACACCACCAGGCAUUCUGUAAUGUCUUGCAUGUAAUGAGGUUUCUUUCCUCCCAGAUUUUAGAUUUAUUUCUUGUACUUGGAUACCAAUGUUUAUUUUUGAUAUUUCUGUCUUCUUUUUAUUCUAUGCACGCAAAAACUAUUUUCUUUUUGGCUGCGUUAUAUGCAGAUUAUUUUUUUUUUCUUAUUUUGGUCCCAAAAUUGCCCCUUGCAUUAUGUUUGUGUUCGUGUUGAAUAAUAGGCACAGUUCCACGAUUGUGUGGCCCAGCGAUUGCACUUGCUUCUUGAAAAUAAAAUGUUCAUUAAAUGUUUCGCAGCUCAGCAAGUUUGCUGUAUUGUGACGUAAGCAAUUUAAAGCCGAAGCUCCUCGCUGGUUGCACAUGUUGAAAGACAAAGGGUCAAGUGAGAGUGAUGCCACUCUUUACUUCCCUGUGGCCUCUAAGCUUGACCUGGCAUUUUAUCCUUCAUCCUUCUGGUGGGGCAUCAACGUCCUCAAGACUUGCAGAAAAAUACCAUGUGCCUUGACUGCCUCCAGAGAUCAAUGAUCAUUGUUGGCAUUGAUUUGCUAUUCUUCUACUCAACAUUCCGAAAUGCUUGUUCAUCGUUAUCAGCAUACGUGCACAGCCAUAAAAAUGCGUAUGUGAUUUUUUUUUAUGGUUAGAAAAACUUUUACUUUUUAUACUCUUUCGUGGCAUAUCCUGUUCCAUUGUAAAGUGAUUCAAAAUGAUGUAGUACACUACUGUAGUGCUUGUGUAUAAGAAGGAUCAUAUCCUUGUUAUGUAGGCAGGACAUGUUCUGCAAGCGUUUCUUUUGUGAUUGUAAAGAUUUUAUGUUACGCUGUUAGUUGUGACUGUGCAGUUUGUCUAGUCAUCCACUUUCACAAGUCAUUGUUCAUUCCAUCUAAAACUUCAAUGGACAGCUGUUCAAGUAAAUUGUGUCUGUGUAUAUACAUGUGCAUAAUAUUUAGGCAUGUGGGCAGCGACAGCUUGUUUUGUAUUUUCAUGUUUCAAGGUAGCAGUCUGUUAGUGCUUUUUGGUAAGGGUAUUUAGUACAUUUUUGGCCUCUGCUUACCUCGUAUUUUGGACAUUAUUAAAAGCAUUUACACAGA